UGUCAGUCAUUAGAAAGACAAGAUGGAGCUCAGUCCACUACCUGUGAUACUCUUGCUGAUUUCAGUUCUACUAGUGGCCCAGGCUCAAGGGACUCAUAAAGCUGUGGUGUCCAUAAAGCCUGAUAGACAUGUGUUCAUUAGAGAGACUGUUAUUCUCAGGUGUGAGGUACAGGUGAAUGGCUCUCAAUUGACAUACAGCUGGUAUAAAAAUACAAAGAGUUUCACAGGUGAAGGAAUUGACGUCGCCAUAGACAAUAUAAUGCCAAAUCUUAUCAUUUGGUCUGUUAAACACUCUGAGAGUGGGAAUUACACCUGCAGGGGAGAGAGAAAAGACUCUCAGAGCUCAGAGAUCAGUAAUGCUGUUACAUUGAUUGUAUCAGGAAAAUCAAAACCAACUUUGAGAGUGAAUCCUCAGAGCUUAGUUUACACUGGAGACACCGUCACUCUGAUCUGUGAGCUGCAGCAGGGGACUGGAUGGGAGUUUCAGUGGUACAAAAAAACUGAGAAUUUACAGCAGCAGAACACUGAACAUUCAAACAUACUUAAAGUGACAGCAGAAAAUGCAGGAGAAACAGUGUACCAAUGUCGUGCACGCAGGAUACACUACAAAUCAAAAUAUUAUCACACUGAUCUCAGUGAUCCUGUGAGCAUUACAGCAAAAGAGAGACCACAGGCAGUACUGAGUGUAUCUCCACAGAACUGGCUGACUGAAGGAGACUCAGUGACUCUAAGCUGUGAGGUUACAGACUCCUCUACAGACUGGACAUUCAGCUGGUACACAGUUGUUCCCUACAGAGACGGUCUUUCCCCUGCCCACAUUGUAGCCAUCCUUACGGCCCUCAGGAAGGUCAGAGAAGGGCGGCCUCUCACUGUCGAGCAGUUCCAGACACUGCUAGGGCUUAUGGCAGCUGCGUCCAGUGCGAUUCCACUUGGCCCGCUGUACAUGAGACCCCUUCAGUGGUGGCUCAGGACCCGCGAGUUCUCAUGGGGGGGCAACCCCCUCCGCACUAUCAAGGUCACGCGGGCAAAGCCUACGUGCCUUAGAUGUUUGGAGAGAUCCCCGGCUCCUAUCUCCAGGCCCUGUGCUGGGAGUCCCCGGUCGUCGCUUAGCUAA